UAUCCCUAUAAAAGUAAAAUUUCAGUUGCACUUGAGCUCGUAGAGCUUCGGCCAUUUUUAAAUGUUUGGGCUUUGGGCAUUUAAAUAAUCGGUUGGGCUUAAAAUGAGAAGUGAUAAAUGACGAAGGAGCUUUAUCAGAGCAGCAGGAGUCAACAGGAUCCCAAUGGAGGUAGCAUCGCUGGCUGCAUUCCUCUGCAUGCCUGCUGCCUCUUUCAUCUCCGGCCAAAUCAUUUGUGCCGACGGCGCCCGCCGCCUUUGAGGCUGCCCACAGUCACAGUGCCAUAUACGGCAUUAUCAAUCAUUUGAACUUGUUCUCGUGUCAGAUACUGCAACGGAGCUUUGCUCUGGGCAUAAAGACAUUCGCGUUCUGGCAUUUAUUGUAUAUUCUUGUGGUACUAUGCAACUGACCGUGGGUAUAUAUAAAGACUGUGAAGGAUGGGUUCGGAUAGCAUUGAAGGAAAUAGGAGACAAACCAUGGAGGGAACUAGGAGCAUUGAUGUUGAUGAGAGGAAGAAUCGAUGGUCGCUUUGUGGAACAACUGCUUUAGUCACUGGAGGAACUAAAGGAAUUGGGCAUGCUAUAGUCGAAGAGUUAGCAUUGCUUGAAGCAAGAGUCCACACAUGCUCGCGAAAUGAAACAGAGCUAGAGAAAUGCUUGGAAGAGUGGAGAAACUUAAAGUUUGAUGUCACAGGUUCAGUAUGUGAUGUAUCUUCUCGUGAAGAGCGGGAAAAACUAAUGAAAAGUGUCUCUUCCAUUUUCCAUGGAAAGCUAAAUAUUUUUAUUAAUAAUGCAGGAACAUUUAUUACUAAGCCAGUUGUGGAUUGCACAGCAGAAGAUUAUUCAUUCAUCAUGUCUACAAACUUUGAGUCAGCUUUUCAUUUAAGCCAGCUAGCUCACCCUCUUCUUAAGGCAUCCAAGCGAGGAAACGUCGUAUUAAUCUCUUCAAUUGCUGGUACUGUAGCAUUACCCGGUCUUUCCAUUUAUUCAGCAAGUAAAGGAGCAAUGAACCAACUCACUAAGAAUCUGGCAUGUGAGUGGGCAAAUGACAAUAUUCGAACUAAUUGUAUUGCACCUGGAGGCAUUUUGACCCCAAUGGUACAACCUUUGAUGAAUGAUGAAAUUGAAAGAAAAAUAGCUGCUAGUGUUCCUCUUGCGCGAAUGGGAGAGCCAGAGGAGGUAGCAUCUCUUGCAGCAUUUCUUUGCUUGCCUGCUGCUUCUUACAUUACAGGUCAAAUAAUAUCUGUGGAUGGAGGUUUUACAGUACUUGGUUGAAAGAAUUACAGUUUGAUUUUUCACUGCUCAACUUUCUGUCUAGUUCUAUAAGGAAAUGUUGUAAUCUGAAUUCCAUAUUUUUCCGGCAUGAGAUGCCAGGACUUUGCAUUAUAUACAAGCUAGAGUUUGUUUUGUAAAACUACUAUAAUCGAGCUAGAGUUGAAUUCUUGAGAA